AUGGCACAGCCUUCUCUUCCCGGCCAAGCCACUGACGCUUCACGUUCCAGUCCGAGCUUGGCCAACGAGAAUGCCGCGGCCGGAGUCAAGAGGAAAAGAGCAGCUGAGCGGAAAUUUUACGCCGUGAGGCAAGGGAAGACACCUGGUAUCUACGAAACAUGGACAGAUUGUCUGGGUCAAGUGAAGGGACAUAAGGGUGCUGUGUUUAAGGCGUUUCAAACUCUUCAUGAGGCCCAAGCAUUUAUGGACGGCAGAGCUCUUCCAAACACCAACGCCUCUGGAGUGCAAAAAUUCUACGCCGUCCAAAAUGGAAGAGUCCCAGGUGUGUACACCGACUGGAUACAGGCUCAGGCCCAGAUCCGGGGGAUCAGGAAACCUAGGCACAAGAAGUUCAAUACCCGAGCAGAAGCAGAAGCCUUUGUGGCUGCUGGUCGGAAGGCUAAUGGUCUUGAAUCCGGACACAGCGUCACCCCAGAAGAGGAGAUACGCCGGUUAAUAGUCCGCAGUUCAGCGCCAGGUUUGCAAAUGAAUGGAACAUAUUCUCCGAAAGACAAGGAGGGGAAGCCUUAUGCAAUCGGCCAAGGUCCUCUGCCACCCGGGGCUGAGGAUGGAUAUGAUCCCAAUAUAAAGUUGGGGCCGGACGGCACCAUCAUCAAUCGGACCGACGAAGAGAAGAACAAAACCAAAAUGGUGGCUAGACAGAAGGACUCCCCAGGGAUGCUUCGCAUCUACACCGACGGGUCGAGCCUCAAAAAUGGUCAGGCAGGAGCUAGGGCAGGCGUAGGAGUGUUUUUUGGCCCUCAAGACCCAAAGUAUGCCAACCCUCCAUCCUCCAAAUCUAAGUCCAAGUCCAAAUCCAAAUCCAAAUCCAAAUCCAAAUCCAAAUCCAAAUCCAAAUCCAAAUCCAAAUCCACUCGUUACACAACCUCCAGAACGCAACACCUUAUUUAUACCAUGGACUGGGCGGCUCGUCAGGGUGGCUACGGCGAUGGACCAACCAAGAAACGGCAGGCAGGCGGAGAGGAUGACGAGGAAACGGCACAAGAAAAAGAAAGGCUAACGAAUUGGCGUUAUAGAAAUGUCUCCGAGGCGCUCAAAGGCAGCAAACAGACCAACCAACGGGCCGAACUGACAGCCAUCUUACGAGCAUUGGAUAUCGCUCCCCGGCACAGAGAAGUGACCAUCUACACGGACAGCAAGUAUGCCAUUGAUUGUGUGACGAAUUGGUAUCGAAAUUGGAAGAAAAACGGUUGGGUCAACGCCAAAGGGAAACCUGUGGAGAAUAAGGAUUUGGUGGUAGAUAUCCGAGAGAGAAUGGAAGAGAGGGAGCAGCUUGGCAAAGUCACAUAUUUUGUCUGGGUCAAGGGCCAUAUGGACAACCCAGGAAACAUUGCAGCGGACCGUCUGGCUGUUCAGGGGGCGAUGGCUGGGAGAGGGCUUGAAGAUGGAAAAGACGAAGAGUCCAACCAGACGACAAAGACGAAAGGUACAAAGGAAGAUGGAGGAAAAGAAGACUUGGAUGAGGGGGAACAAGAAGAGGGUGAUGAGGCCGAGUUAUUUCGGGCGAUGGAACUUGCCCUGGAGGACGAUUUUGGGGUCGAGGUCGAGGUCGAGUUCGAGUGA